AAUACCAUGGAAUAUGCCAGUGAAGAUUAUCCAUAAACACUCAUGAUUCAUGAAUCACGCGCGCACACAGUAAUAACGUUCACCGGUUAAUAUUUCAGCACGCACCGAACCGCAAUCUUAGCGUAGUAUAACCACGUGCCACCAUGUGAACACAAUUCAUUCACUAUCUCAUGAUUAUGUUGAAAAAACUUGUUUAAGUCUAAAACUAGCCAGGUGUACAGUAGUAGCACUAACCAUAAGUAGCAUUAGCGAACAGUGAACACACAUAACAUGGCCGGCCAACAACAAAAGGGAGAGGUUUGGACACGUGGAUCGCUCCCAUCAUCUCAUGACAAGAACCUUGUGAUAGAUGAAUGAGACGGCCGCCGUCCAUUGUACACAAGCAAAAAAAAGUGCACAUUUUUAAUUGAAAGAGCAGCUUUCCAUAUCACCAAUCAUAACUCGGUUAACCCUUCACACUAAGCCAACCAAACCAAACCAAACCAAACCAUAUUGUAUCUUAUAUAAAUAUAUAAUAAUUUCCAUAAACUGUAAGAAACCUAGCUAGCUCCCAAUUCCCAACAAUAACAUUCCAUACCAUACACACAUCCAACACUCUCUUCUCUCUUACCUCUGAUCCAUGGACUACUACUGGACUAGAGGUCACACCCUCGGCCGGGGCUCCACAGCCACCGUCUACACUGCUGAAUUUCAUGGGUCUGGUGAACUCUUUGCCGUGAAGUCAGCGGAGGUACACCGAUCUGAGGAGCUGCGGAAGGAACAGGGUCUUCUUUCAUCGCUCAAUUGUCCUCAGAUUGUCAAGUACAAAGGGUACGAUGUUACGUACGAGGAUGGUCUGUACUUUUACAACCUCUUCUUGGAAUACGCGCCAAGGGGGACCCUGCUUGACGUAAUUGCCCAUUACAACCACCGCGGUGCCACCAUGGAACACUCGUUGGCCAGUGUCUACACGCGCCAGAUUCUGUUGGGACUCAACUAUCUUCAUUCCAAUGGGAUAGUACAUUGCGACGUCAAGGGGCAGAACGUUCUCAUCACCCAACAUGGUGCCAAAAUCGCCGACUUUGGUUGUGCCUGCAAAGUUGGCUCCGGCGCCGGCGGACGAGGAGGGGUUAUCGCUGGAACGCCGGCGUUCAUGGCGCCGGAGGUGGCGCGUGGGGAUGAACAGGGAUUCACAGCUGACGUGUGGGCCCUGGGAUGCACCGUUCUUGAGAUGGUUACCGGGAAACCGCCGUGGAAAGACGUUUCCGGCGACCCUGUUUCGGUGCUUUAUCGGGUUGGAUUCUCCGGCGAGGCGCCAGAGAUUCCGGAAUCUGUGUCGGAGGAAGUUAAGGACUUCUUGGGGAAGUGCUUGAGGAGUGAAGCGAGUAAGAGGUGGACGGUGAAGGAGCUUCUGGGACACGCGUUCGUUGCGGAGUCGCGUUUUGUGGGAAUAGAAUGUGAUGAUCAUGAUUUGGACACACCCACAAGUGUUUUGGAACCACAAGGCCUUUGGAACUGGGACACCAAUCAGGACUCGCCACGUGGCAUCUCUUCAAUGAAUUCUCCAAGUGCUAGGGACAGAGUUCUUGGGUUGUGUGGUGAUGAUGAGCCUAACUGGGAUCUUAAUAAUGCUGAUGAUGAUAAGUGGAUCACUGUCAGAAGCAAUGGGGACUACUCUCCCGUUGGAGUAGCUCAGGAUUUUUGUUCAGACAAUGUUAGGAUCCUUAGAGAGGAUGAUGAGAAUGUUUUGGUGAAUUUUUAUGAACCACCAAAGGAUGUAGUAGUAAUUUGCAAUGUAAUUCAUGAAUUGAGUAGAUGGAAUGAUGUAGUAGUUGUUGUUGGUGAUUCUUACCUUUGCAGAAUCAUUGAUUGUAAGUGUUGCAUUAGAGAUUCAGUGUUUGUAGGGUGUUGUUCAUCAUGUUCAUCUCUAAACAUUUAUUAUUAUUGUAAGAAGAAAGAAAUUUAUGUUACGCAUGGUCUCCUCUUUAAUUCCACUUUGGAUGAUAUUGCUACUUACAAUUUAAAUUUACUAUUCUACUUCAAUGGAAUAAUAUUCCCAAUAAUGUGAGGCUAAAAUUUAAUGCUA